AUGCCUCCUCGCGGGAAUUUUGGCCGCCCGGGCCGGAGCCGGCGAGACUGCGAAGGCUUCGAGAAAUGCUGCACCAACGUGUGCGGGCUGCGGAGCUGCGUGGCCGCCCGCUUUGCCGACGGCGCCGACGGCAGCCUGCCGGCGCUGGCGCUGGCGCCGGCAGCCUCGUGUGAGAGCUUCGUGUGCGCGCAGCAGGGCUCCGACUGCGACAUCUGGGACGGGCAGCCCGUCUGCAAGUGCAAGGACCGCUGCGAGAAGGAGCCAAACUUCACCUGCGCCUCCGACGGCCUCACCUACUACAACAAUUGCUCCAGGGACGCCGAGGCGUCCCUGCGCGCCACCCGCCUCACCACCGUCCCCUGCAAGCACAUCUUCACCUGGCCUGACACCAGCCCCGUGCCGCAGGAGACGACGGCGCGCCCCACGCCGGGAGCCGGCCCCGAGGUGCCGGUGCCCCCUGCCCUCUACAGCAACCCCUUCCACCAGUCGGUGCGUGCCGGCGGCACCGUCAGCUUCCGCUGCGACGUCAGCGGGCGCCCGCGGCCGGACAUCACCUGGGAGAAGCAGAGCGAGCGGGAGGAGAACUUCAUCAUGCGGCCGGACCAGAUGUACGGCAAUGUGGUGGUCACCAACAUCGGCCAGCUGGUCAUCUACAACGCCCGCCACGAGGACGCCGGCAUCUACACCUGCACAGCCAGGAACGCUGCUGGGCUGCUCCGCGCCGACUUCCCACUGUCGGUGGUCAGGCGGGAGCCGGGGGGGACUCCGCAGGCUGGCAGCCCCCAGCCCUUCCCCAGCGCCGAGUGCCUGAAGGAGCCGGACCGGCGGCGGUGCGAGGCCCUGGAGGUGCGCUGGCACUUCGACGCCAAGCAGGGCUCCUGUCUCACCUUCCGCUACGGGGGCUGCGGGGCCAACAGGAACCAUUUCGAGACCUACGAGGAGUGCCGGGCUGCCUGCUUGGGCAGCGCCCGCCCCACCUGCCUGCUGCCCAUGGUGCAGGGCCCCUGCCAGAACUGGGAACCCCGCUGGGCGUACAACCACCUGCUGAAGCAGUGCCACUCCUUCGUCUACGGCGGCUGUGAGGGCAACACCAACAACUUCGAGAGCAAGGAGACCUGCGAGGACGUCUGCCCCUUCCCCAAGAGCCUGCAGUGCAAGGCUUGCCGCCUGAAGAGCAAGAUGGUGCUGAGCCUCUGCCGCAGCGACUUCGCCAUCGUGGGCCGGCUGAUGGAGAUCGUGGAGGACCAGGACUCCGGCAUCGCCCGCUUCGCCCUCGAGGAUGUCCUCAAGGAUGAGAAGAUGGGCCUCAAGUUCUUCAACAUCAAGUACCUGGAGGUGACCUUGACUGACAUGGACUGGAGCUGCCCCUGCCCCAACAUGACGGCGGAGGACGGGCCGCUCAUCAUCAUGGGUGAGGUGCACGACGGCAUGGCCACGCUGGACCCCAGCAGCUACGUCCGGGCGGCCAACGACAAGCGGGUGAAGAAGAUCUACGAGCUGAUGGAGAAGAAAACCUGCGACCUCCUGAACCGCUUUCAGGACUAG